AUGGAUGAAAGAGGAGGCAGUGCCACUGGCGAGCGUGGAGGCUUCGGCCGCAGAAUCGGAGGCUUCAAGGUCUUUGUCAUCGUCGGUGACAACAAAAGCCACGUCGGACACGGCGUCAAGUGCAGCAAGGAGGUUGUUACUGCUAUUUGUGGACCCAUUAUUGUGGCUAAGCUAUGGGUGAUUCCUGUGAUGAGGGGAUACAAGAUCGGAAAGCCCCACACCAUGCAUUGCAAGGUCACCGGAAAGUGUGGCUAUGUUAUCGUGAGGAUGGUGCUUGCUCCUUGUGGUUCUGGUGUUCCAAUUUGCUGUGUAGGAAUAAUGAUUGAGCUAUUUAAAGUAAAGGAAAAGCAGAGGGAGCUUGCUGAAAAUGCCAAUGGAAAGUCACUGGUUAAGAAGCAAAGUUCUGGAGAAUUACAAAGCAUGCAAAUGACAUGA